CAACAAAAACCCAGCCAAGCCGACAGCCUUCCCUUGAAAAACUGGUAGGAAGCUCGAAAUUUCUCCUUCUUUCUUGUUCAAUCACAAGAUUUUGGGGCUUAGAACUCUCUCUAAACCCAAAAAUUUCUAGAUCUGUUCUGCUCUGCGUCUUCCUCCCUUGCUGUCCGCAAAUUUCUGGUGGGUGGGUGGCGAAAUUUUCAGGUUUUUGAUUUCCUGAUUUUUCCCCUGCACUGCCGCUGGCCUUCCCCCAAACUGCAGCUCUGGUUUUGGCUGCUAAAUUAUGGUUCGUGAGUGUUCUAUCACCGGAGUACUUGGCUUGCGUUUCGGAUUUGAGUAACACGGAGAUGUGGGAGGAAAAAAUUGUCAAGAUCAUUUGCAAGUUAGAGAAAGUAUUUCCUCCAGCUUUCUUUAAUUCGAUGGAGCAUUUGACAAUCCAUCUAUCAUGUGAGGUAAAAGUUGGAGAACCUGUCCGAUUCCGUUGGAUGUACCCUUUUGAGAGAAAAAUGCAUGAUCUUAAGAAGAAAGUGUUAAAUAAAGAUCGUGUUGAAGCAUCGAUUUACGAGGCUAACAUUCUUUCAGAAAUUUCUUUCUUUUCUUUGCAUUAUUUUGGAUCUAAUAUACAGACCAGAUUGAAUCGCUUGCCAAGAAACAUUGUUAGCAAGAAUGAUAAUAUAGAUGGUUGUUUAUCUGUCUUUAGAAAUCGAGGUCAACCUCUAGGGGGGAGAAAUGCAUGGGCAAGCAAUGUCACCAAGGGAAUUAAAGGCAAUAGAACUUUAUGUUUUGCUUAACUGUGAGGAAGUAAAUCCAUGGAUUGCAUUCAUUCUUUUUUAACUUUUCUUUAUUUAGGUUAAUAAAAUUUAUAGAUUGUUUACUCCCACUUCUUAAUGUAGGUUUUUCAAUUCUCAAAUGUAUUGCGGACUAUUGUCAGACCAAAUUGAAAUGAAAUGACAACUUGAGUUUAUUCCUUGGUUUAAAACAACGGUGAGUCAUUUAUUAUAGUAAUUUGUAUUAUUAAGGUUUCAAUUUUAAUUUUAAUAAAAAUAUAAUAUUCAA